AAACCUAAUUCGCCUACAAAUAAAAAUGCGCUUUUCCUUUUCCUCUUUCUUCUCACUUUUUUUCUCUGUUGCAUCAUCUUCCAAACUCCCGAAGAAGAAGAAAAUAACUACAAUGAGUCAACAACCUCCUGCUGUUGGUGUUCCUCCUUCUCAUGCUUAUCCGGCGGAAGGACCACCCAAGGACGCUUAUCCACCUCCGGGACAACCCUAUCCUCAGCAAGGAUAUCCUCCUCCGCAGGGAUAUCCUCAACAAGGUUAUCCUCCUCAAGGUUAUCCUCCGCAGGGGUACCCUGAACAAGGAUAUCCUCAACAAGGUUACCCACCUCAGCAACAACAGCAACAGAAACACAGUCCUGGUAUGCUUGAAGGAUGUAUUGCUGCUCUGUGCUGUUACUGUGUCUUGGACGCUUGCUUCUGA